AUGUUAAUGGUGACUUUAAGAUCAGAUACAGACCACAUAGCUACAGAUUGUUUCUGUAAAACUCCGAGUUUUGUCAAUAACUUUACAGCUGAUGAAAAAAGUAUGUACUGGCAUAUUUUAACACCAUAUAGUUUUAAUAAAGUUAUGUCAAAAUGUAAAUCUAUUAAAAACGUACAAAUUAUAUCUACCGACAAAGAAACACAAUCAGCAACAAAACAAUCUAGUGAAGGGGUUUUACUUACAAAUCCAAUAAAGUGCACCUGUUCGUUUGAACCAAGCAUGUAUUUACCAUGUCAUCACAAAUUAAACGUGCGACAGAUGUACAAUAUUUCAUUAUUUGAUCCAUAUCUCUAUUCGGAAAGGUAG